AUGGCGGCCGAGACAUUCCACUCGUUCGCGCUGACCACUGCCAACGCCUUCACCCUCGGCCUGCGCCCCCAAGGCAGAUUCGACGCCUUGCUCCACACGGGCGAUGCUCCAGAAGGAGCGAGGUACGAAUACACCUCGACGCGCGCAGGCUCGACGAUCAGCCGACCAAUUGUGCGAGAUGGCGAUCCGGGGGCCAAAAACAACCUCGUCUGA